UUCUCAGUCUCACACCCAAUUUGCUAGUGUUUCUCUCCUCACCACUCUGCCCCCUGGUCCCCUCUCACUUUGUACUUGGGAGAGUGUUUUGGGGAGAAAAAAAGACCCCCACUAUCUCAUCCUGUUUCUCCUUAUUAUAUACAUUACUCUCAAACUACACACGCAAACAACAAACCUUUAAGAUGCUUGCGGAGGAGAAAUACCAAAAGGCAUACCCGACAACUGCUGAGGUGGUGGACGAGCUAAAGAAAAUGACAGACAUAGGUUUCCCAAUAGCAGUCAUGGGCCUCGUGGGAUACCUCAAGAACAUGAUCUCAGUUGUGUGCAUGGGAAAGUUAGGAAGCCUCGAGCUAGCAAGUGGUGCCUUAGCCAUAGGCUUCACAAACAUCACCGGUUACUCUGUCCUCUCCGGUCUCGCCAUGGGCAUGGAGCCACUCUGCACUCAAGCCUUUGGUUCGCAAAACUUCUCCUUGCUCUCUCUUACUCUGCGUAGAACAAUUUUCAUGUUACUACUCGUUUCUCUUCCUAUCUCUCUCUUCUGGCUCAACCUCGAACCUUUCAUGUUGAGCCUUCACCAGAACCCGGAGAUAACAAAAGUGGCGAGCCUCUAUUGCCGGUUUUCGAUCCCAGAUCUCGUUGCUAACAGCUUUCUUCACCCAAUUCGGAUCUAUUUACGUAGCAAAGGGACAACUUGGCCCCUCAUGUGGUGCACGUUGCUUUCUAUUCUUUUGCACAUUCCAGUGACCACUUUUUUUACAUUCAAACUGCAACUUGGUGUGCCCGGGAUUGCUGUCUCUUCCUUUGUUGCCAAUUUCAACACCCUUUUCUUCCUUCUCUCGUACAUGCUCUACAUGCAUGUCACCAAAGUGUCACUAUCAGCGCCACUACUCACAUCACAACCAGAAAAGUUAACCACCAUUACCACCCUAGGUAAAGAAUGGAGUGUGCUAAUAAGGUUUUCUAUUCAGAGUUGCCUUGGUGUGUGCUUGGAGUGGUGGUGGUACGAGUUCAUGACAAUUCUAGCAGGUUAUCUUCACAACCCUCGGGUAGCUCUAGCCACUGCUGGCAUAGUGAUACAAACAACGUCUCUCAUGUACACUUUGCCAACAGCACUAAGUGCUUCUGUGUCAACCAGAGUAGGGAACGAGCUCGGAGCGGGUCAACCGGAAAGAGCCAGCUUGUCAACCGUGGUAGCCAUAGGAAUGGCCCUAGCAAGCUCCAUGUUGGGGUUGUUAUGGACCACAUUAGGUAGAGAAAAAUGGGGGAGGGUGUUCACAAGUGAUAGUGAGGUGUUGUCACUAACCAUGGCAGUGUUGCCUAUAAUUGGAGUGUGUGAGCUUGCAAACUAUCCUCAAACAACAAGCUGUGGAAUUUUGAGAGGGAGUGCAAGGCCAGGUGUUGGUGCUGGAAUAAACUUUUACUCAUUCUACUUGGUUGGUGCCCCAGUGGCCAUGUUGUUAGGGUUUGUUUGGAGAUUAGGGUUGGUGGGGCUAUGUUAUGGGCUGUUGGCUGCCCAAAUAGCAUGUGUGGUCUCAGUUCUGGUUGUGGUAUACAACACAGAUUGGGAAAGGGAGUCAUUGAAGGCAAAAAACUUGGUGGGAAAUAAGAGCUUUUCAUCAUGUGGAGCACAUGCUGAUGACCAAACAGUCAAAUGUGAAGAAGGUCUUGUCUUUCUCAGUGAGAACAACUCCUUAAAGUGAUGUUACACCCACAUUGCAUGCUUGGAGGGGGAUAUAUGCUGUAUACACCGAAAAUCAUGGCCUUACUUGAACAAGAUUGGAUGUUGAAAGUUCUAUUAAAUGACUAUACUUUCAAUUUUUUUUUUGUGAUUAUGCUUAUGUAUGUAUGUAUGUAUAUGCCUUUGCAUAACCGGAAUAUUUUCUUGUAA